AUGAAACUCGCCCUACUAGCUCCUACUAUUGGAGCUGCGACAGCUUCCCUAUCAGCAUGGACUGUUGGUAAUGAGCCAUGCUACACUCCCCCUAUCACCCCAGAAAUUCAGGCUCUGUCGAAGGAGUUGACUUACAUGGAAAUGACGCCCGCUCUCACAAGCCAGAAGAUUGUCGUAGAUAUAUACAUUCAUAUUAUGGCUGUGUCUAAGGAGGUCGAGGACAACUACCAAACGAUAAUGAGACUCAAUAACGUUGCCCACCAUUAA